AUGUUCUCGACUCCUUCCGGAACGAUUUGUGAAGGGUGGAAGGAAACGGACAUUCCCCGGAAUGUUUCCGAUCCUUUCAACGCUUUUAUAGAGGUCGUUGAUGGAAACAAAAAGAAAUACGAGGCAGCGGAGGUAUAUUAUUCGGCGAAGGACGAGAUUGUUAUUGUCAACGGCGCUAAAAAAGAUGGUUUCAUGCCAUUUAUCAAUGAAACAAACGUUCCCGAUGGAGUCGUCUCCGUAGUACACGAUUUCGCUAGAGGGUAUGAAUACUCUUUGCAUUCCACACCUUGUCUUCGUCCACUGCCAAAUGAUUCUGCGGACGUCACCUCAUCUGAGGGAAUGCUCUCGAUGCGUCCGCUUGCUGAUAUCUUGGUUGCACCAGACUUGAAGUUUGGGAACUACGGUCAGGUGACUACCGAUGACGGUCGUACCCUCAGUGUUUAUCGAGCUUUUGAUAACAAAACUGGAGAGGUCGUGGAGGUGCAUUUUGAUGGGAACUGGUUAGAAAAGUACUUAACCUUUAAGGUUGGUUUGAUGAUCUUUUCACGAUCUUUUUUACAGCAUGGGAAUCAUAUUACAAGAACCGAAGUUUGGCUUCACUUUAACGCGAUUGUUGGUGCUUUGAGAAAAAUUCUGUGCUCUUCUAUGUUCCAAUUGUAA